CUAAGACUCAGCAAGUCUGUCUUCCCAUUCCCGGGAGAAUGUAGGGUCUCUAUACUUGUGCCAUCCGCCUCGCAGGUCACGGUUGCCUUUCUAGUGAUCUCACUACAAGUGACCAGCCGUCGCUGCCGAAUCCGAUCAAUGCAAGAAACAAUAACCACUAUGAUGAUAUCGAUUACAGUGCAUCUUGAUGGUCUCGGAUCCCAGCCACUGAAUAUGCAAGCAUUCCAUUCGCUGCGUGCACGCGGGCACAUUCCAUUGAACGAUAAUACCCCCACAUAACAUACCAUUCCAUAUUCUUAAUCCCUUGAUUCGCGGAAAGAACAAACAGGAUAUCGAUAUGGCUCCUUUUUUGCCUGUUGCUUGCCCACCACCUUUUGACAGCAGCUCUCUAUCAUCUUUCCAAGUGAUCUAUCUUCAGAGGACCGAUACAAGCAACGAGUACGGACAAAGAAGAUUGAAACCGACGUACACACCAUCGGGAUGGGCCAAUACGAUCCAACCGUCCCCUGACAGAGUCCUAACUGUCAAUAAUUCCCGUGGUCGGCGGGGGUUGGAGAUGGAGGGCCGAGUCGAACUGCCAGCGGAUAGACCUUUGUCUUCUUACCAUGCCCACGAUAACCAGACGAAGCGGCGGAGCAACGUCAAGGUACCGAGGACGAACGGUAGACAACACAAAAAGUCGGUUACUUUCGAAGAUCAUAUGCCUGCAGCAUCCAGCCGUUCGGUCAGCGCCCCAGAGACCAUACUACGAUUUAGCGAACACAUACAUCCCAUGUCCACUACUGUCGAGCGAUUCGAAAAUGGAAGAUUACCACGACCAGACAGCAUCAUACAGAGGCAAAGACAAAGAGAUUCUCGUGCUAGCUCUGGUACGGGUGUGACAGAGGCAAGGCUUAGAGCCAUCGCGGAUGCCCGUGAUACGUAUCCGAGAGCGCGGCAGGCAGAGGUGUGUACUGACGGGAUAUCUGGUCAAAUGAAUCAUGAUAGGCAUGGCACACUCCACAACUUGAGCUCAUCUACGAGGCUUAUGCGGCAUGAAACGGAGAGACACAGAAAUAAGUCCCAUGCGACGAGUACGAACGAAGACAAGCUUCUGGGCAGAGGGGCUAAUCCUAGAACUGGAAUAAUUAGCCCCAGUGUGGCCACAGACAGCUCCCAGGACGAGAAGAGCAAGCCUCAUAGCAAGAAGAAAAAAUGGAGGAUGAAAGGAGACGAAUGGAUAAGUCUGGAUAUCGACCAGUCUACACCAGGGGACACACCUCCUGCUGGUCAGAGUGUUGUCGUGAAUAAGGAUAGCGCCUCGUCCUCUCAUAACUUGGUGUCGCCUAUAGAACCGAUGAGAACCGCCUCGAACAACUGGGAAGACAGAUUCAUCGUCAACAUGCCUUCAGCAAGAGAACCAAAUCCGCCAACUAUGACUACGAAGCAGAUUGAGGAAUACCAGAAAAGCAUCGAAAGAGUGCGUCUGGAAGGCGGAAAAAUGUUAGAUCCAGAAACUCUCCCAAGUCCGCGUGCAGUGACUCCUGAACGAAGGGGUGCUCCCGCUCAGAGACUAGAAAAGCAACCGAGCGUAACGGUUCAACGGAAACCAGUACGAACUGUAUCUGCAGAGACUUAUACUCGGUCCCCCGUGUCCCCUCCGCUGGGGCCCCGCCAGUACUAUGAUGCGGAUGAUGUCGGCAGAGAUCGUGUAAGUCCUAUUGACGAUGAGUCUCCUCGAAUGGACCAGCGAGAGAGACAUCUCAGAGCCGGCGGGGAGACUUUUUUAGGUUGUCAGGAGAUGAACAAGACAAAGAACCCAGACGAAAUAUUGAUGUUCCCUACUUCGAACGAUUCGCCGUAUCCAACCAUGCCCCCAUCUCCGGAGACAAAAAGGAGAUCUGGCGGGAAAAGGGAAUCGGGCAUGAAGCAACAGAGGCGGUCGGCAGACGAAAAGGCUAUCCUACACGACGAGAAGCCACUGCGUUCUCGGAAUAUGAAGCCAACCCAAUGCUCGAAGCAGCCUCUGUCCAGCCCUCCCAGGCAAUCAGGGCUCAACAAACCCAUGCCGAACAGUCUGAAAAACAAGAGUCUGCCACCACUCCCAAAGGAGAAACCAGAGAAGCCGGACACGUUGGGCAAAGAGAAUCAGAACGACGACGAUGUGUUCAUUAUCACACCCACUAUCACACGCACUCUGACAUCCAGUACCAUACCCACAAGUACUACUUGUCCAGAUUUAGGCGGAAAAAGCAUGCAACGCACUCAAACCCCGAAGGCAGACGACACCGUACACGUCCCGAGGACGAGGUCCCAUCCUUCGAAUUCCCAGUCCAAAUGGCAGCAGCAGAUGCAAAUGCUACCAAGGUCAGAAACGUUCUUCAUGCUGCCACCAGGGAACGUUCAGGCAGGAGGCAUGUCCGGUGUCAGGAACAGACGAAUCAGCCCUCAAAGUCGCGAAAGCUUUUCCAUUAUGCCUGGGUACAUCCGUAUGUCCAGGAUGAUGACCUCCGAACAAGAUAUCGGCGGCGCCCGCGGUGAUCACAAAUUUUGCCUGUGCAGGAGAUGUAUUACGGACAACCAUAAUCCCAUUCAGAAUAUUAAUUAUCCACUGAUGUUCGAGGAUAUUCCUGGGCCUGCGCCUACUCCGCGCUUUCAAGAUUUGACCGCACCUCCCUCGCCCGUUCUAGAGGGAAGACCGAAAAGUGUCACUCGAGCGCGAACACCUAAAACGGCCGAGAUUGCGGAACUCGAUGGUCAGCAAGUACCUGCAUCUAAGAGUGAUAAUCGUGAGCAAGACACUGCGCUAGUGAAGCGCAAUGAAGGCAAGAGUGAUGCUGAUGCAUCGAGUGGCGCAAUCAAUUUCCUUAGUUUCUCGUUAUUAUUCGAUAUUUGUGUGUUGUCUGUCACGCAGUUAUACGACUUCUGCCGCCGUCAUCACAUAUCUCAGCAUGCCAGCAUCAUUGCUGAGAGGAUUUUCGAGAUGGCAGGGCAUUGUUUCCAUGUUGCAAAACGAGUCUCGAACGGGAUCAUCGUCUACAAGCGUACGGGCUCGUGGCCGAAGUCGACCAAUGAAGAAAUCGCACUGUUGAUGCGGGAUAUGGGUCAGGCAGGUCUGUACUUCUUUGUCCUGGGUUUCGUGGUUAUGGUAUUAGGCCGUGCUGCCGGCUACAUGGUCUUUCUGGGAAGUUGGGUUGUAUGGGUUGCGAAACCCUUUGGGUGGGUAUUUGGGAAGGUUGGCAAAGCUUUGUUCAUUUGAUGAAGGUUAUGAGAGGGUUCCAUUGCAUUGUCGGCGCACAUUGUCAUAACAGGAUUGCCUGUUUAUAUGUUGUGGUAACUCCACAACGGCCUGGGUAUUCCCCUAACUCCAAGUUCAAUAUU